CGGGCCCGGAAAGCAGGUCGAGCGCGCGCACGUUCCUUUUCCCGCCUGUCAGUCUCGGGUGCUUUCUGAUGUGGCCUGAAGAGCAGCUAUGGAAAAAUGGAGUUUAAUGAUAAUUACAGCAUUACUAGGACUUGUUGUCCGUUGGACUGUGUCACUUGGUUCUUAUUCAGGUGCAGGAAAACCACCCAUGUAUGGAGACUAUGAAGCUCAAAGACACUGGCAAGAAGUUACCUACAAUCUUCCAGUCAAACAUUGGUACUUCAACACCAGUGAUAAUAAUUUGCAAUACUGGGGCCUUGAUUACCCACCUCUUACUGCUUACCACAGUCUCUUGUGUGCUUAUGUAGCAAAGUUAAUAAAUCCAAGUUGGAUUGCUCUGCACUCAUCUCGUGGAUAUGAGAGUCAGCCACACAAGUUAUUCAUGCGUGGAACAGUUCUUGUUGCUGAUUUGCUAGUUUAUAUACCUGCAGUAAUUUUGUACUGCUGUUAUUUAAAAGAGACUUCAACUAAGAAGAAGAUUUCUAGUUCUCUCUGCAUAUUGCUUUAUCCAGGCCUCAUUCUGAUUGAUUAUGGACAUUUUCAAUAUAAUUCUGUGAGUCUUGGCUUUGCUUUGUGGGGAGUGCUUUGUCUGUCUUAUGAUUUGGACGUUCUGGGCUCAAUAGCAUUUUGCUUAGCCAUAAACUACAAGCAAAUGGAGCUCUACCAUUCUUUGCCCUUCUUCUGCUAUCUGCUGGGAAAGUGCUUCAAGAAAGGCUUGAUGGGGAAGGGGUUAUUGUUAUUAGUGAAACUGGGGUUUACCGUAGUUGUUUCUUUUACUCUUUGUUGGCUCCCAUUUUGUACAGACAUCAAACAAAUUUUGCAAGUGCUCAGAAGACUCUUUCCAGUUGAUCGAGGUUUGUUUGAGGACAAAGUAGCCAAUAUUUGGUGCACAGUAAAUGUCUUUUUCAAAAUAAAGGCAGCUCUGUCAGCAGAAACCCAGCUUAAACUAAGCUUUGUUUUAACAUUCCUGACCGUACUUCCCAGUUGCAUAAAACUCACCCUGCAGCCUUCUCUCAAAGGAUUUAAAUACGGGUUGAUUAGCUGCGCAUUAUCCUUCUUUCUGUUCUCAUUCCAAGUGCAUGAAAAAUCUAUUCUUCUAGUUUCAAUACCAGUCUGCUUAGUUAUAAAUGAAAUUCCUUUUAUGUCUAUGUGGUUCCUACUUGUUUCCACCUUCAGCAUGCUCCCCCUUCUCCUUAAGGAUGGCCUACUAUUGUCCUACAUUGUGACAACAUUGGCCUUUCUCACCGUGUGUGCAACUUCAUUUUCAAUAUUUGAAAAGACUUCUGAAGAUGAUCUGCAGCUGAAAACGCUUUCCACUUUAAUUAGAAGAUACAUUCCUUGGUUUAAAGCCUUACCAAAGGUUAUUAAGAGUUUAUUCCUUGUCUCAAUAACUCUGAUGGGCAUCCUGACUUUAAUGAGUGCUACGUUGGAUCCUCCACAGAGGCUACCAGAUUUAUUUCCUCUAGCUGUCUCUGCUGUAUCCUGCUUGCACUUUCUAUUCUUCUUGCUAUAUUUUAAUGUCAUUGCAAUAUGGGAACCAAGAGAUAGCCGAUAUCAGAAAAAAACCAAUUAAUUUGAUGUGCCAGCUGCAAUAUUAAUGACUAAAAAUGGGUGGGGGGAGCGGUAAUAUUUUCCAUAUGCCUAUGUUUUAAAUUGUUUAUAAUGAGAGGCAUUAAAGUUGCUUUCAUACAUUCAUUCAUAUAUAUAUACAUUCAUUCAUACAUUCUGGGGGAACCCAGACAAAAAUAUUUACAUGUCAGUUUGUGCUGUUUCGGGAAAGUGAAUAGCCAUUACUGAAAUGGGGUUGAAAUGAAUUCUUUGUCCUUUGUAUCAAAUAAAAAGGAACCAUAAUACUUGAUGAUUUGUUCAAAAUGGAAAGGCUACUUAUACCCUGAAAACAGUUAAGGAACAUCUUGGCGACUUGUACCAGUUUAUUUUAAAUGAACAAAAUCACAUUAAUUUAAUAAUAUGAGUAUCAGUUUAAUGCUCUACCAAGAAUGAAAUGUGUUGGAGAUACAGAACUAUAUGUUACAGCAUCCACUCAUGUCUGUUGCCACUAAAUGCUGUCUCUUAUAACCUAUUUGAUUACAUACAUUAAACUGCCUUGUACAAUAUUUCACUAUCCUCCAUAUGAUAUGCUUAAAAUCAUCAAGGCCACUGCACUAAUAUUCAUGACUCAGUGUCAUGGUUCAUGCUUACAUGACAGUCUUAUUUCAGCAUUAACCUCUAUACUAGCUGAAGUCCAUAACAAGAGUUCCAAGGUGCAAUUGUGGCUAACAUUUUUCAUAUAUAUCAACAUGUAAACCUCAGUGAUGGAGAUCUACACACUUUAUAGCCAAAAUAACAUUAUCUGUCUUUGUAUAUAUUUGCAUAUAUUUGUAUUCUAAUUCAGCACUUAAAACAAGAAUGUAUAAGCAGCAGAUCACCAAGACGAACUCAAAUCCUGUUGUAAAGUCCAUGUUUUGUAGCACAUUCUUGUAAUAGCUUUGACAUUUCAUAGUGCCUUCAGUUCAAAUAUAGGGAGAAGUUAUU